UAAUCUCUGCAUUACAGUACAAAUGACCUCCCUAAAACCAGGUAAUGGCCAGACAGCAGCGCGCAGCCGACAAGCUCGUGCUGAAAUUGCAGAUUUGCAGUCAUUGGUCGCGGGAGGGCGCUAACAAAGCACAAGGCGAUGAGAAAGCUUGAGAAAGGAAAAGGCCGAACGCUGUCGAAACAAUUCAAGUGGCUAUUCUCCAAAUACACAUAAACAUUAGUGAAUCAAAUGUCGGUGCUCUUAUCAAGUGAUGGCAGAAGAACCGUGUUCACAAAUCGAAGCUGAAUUGUAUUACCUCAUUGCCCGAUUUCUCCAGUCGGGGCCGUGUAAAAAAUCGGCACAGAUCCUGGUUGAGGAACUGGAAGAGUAUGAGUUGAUCCCGAAACGAUGGAGUUGGGAUGGCAAACAAUACAAACGAAACUUCCAAGACUGGGUGAUCUUGAACCAGCAUAUACCUGCAGACUACCUGUUGAGAGUUUGCCAACAGAUUGGUCCUCUGAUAGACAAGGAGGCCCCACCUAGUGUCCCUGGUGUCCAGACUCUUCUGGGCUUGGGAAAGCAGUCAUUGCUUCGCACAGCUAAAAGUUGUAGCCACAUAGAAUGGAGUGGGACUGCUGUUGCUGCGCUCCAUCGGGGUCGCCCCCCCGAACCACCAGUCAGCUUUGGAAAGCCCCCCAGCAUUGUGUCCAUCAUGAGUGCUCGCCAGACAACAGGGAUGGCCCGUUUUGACCAGGCUCUGCCGUCUUACACCUACCAGCAUAUGAAGAUGCACAGGCGUAUACUGGGCCACCUGUCCUCUGUUUACUGUGUGGCUUUUGACCGCAGUGGCAGACGGAUAUUUACGGGUUCCGACGACUGUCUGGUGAAGAUCUGGUCCACGGAUGACGGCCGGCUGCUGUCCACUCUGCGCGGACACGCGGCGGAGAUCUCCGACAUGGCGGUGAACUACGAGAACACGCUCAUCGCUUCAGCGAGCUGCGACAAGGUCAUCAGGGUUUGGUGCCUCCGCACCUGCGCCCCCAUAACUGUGCUGCAGGGCCACGCCGCCUCCAUCACCUCCAUACAGUUUUGUCCAGCCGUUAAAGGACCGAUGCGGUAUCUGGCCUCCACCGGAGCUGACGGCAUGGUGUGUUUCUGGCAAUGGCACUCGAACAGCAUGAAGUUUGUUGAGCGACCAGUCAAGUUCAUUGAGCGGUCAAGGCCUGGGGUCCAAAUCUCCACCUCCUCCUUCAGCUGUGGUGGAAUGUUCCUGGCCACAGGUGGCACGGAUCAUGUGAUCAGAGUGUAUUACCUCGGCUCUGAAACUCCCAUGAAGCUCUCUGAGUUGGAUGCUCACAUGGACAAGGUUGUGGUGGUCCAGUUUUGUAACAACAGUAACAGCCUGAGGUUUGUGAGUGGCAGUCGGGACGGAACAGCCAGGAUAUGGCACUACCAGCAGCAGGAGUGGAAAAGCAUAACUCUGGACAUAGCCACCAGACUGCCUGGGACUGCUGUGGUAAAUGGCGAGGACAAGACCAAGCUGGUGCCGACCAUGGUGGCCUGGGACCGUGGCGACCGCACAGUCGUCACCGCCGUCUCCAACUACCUGCUCAAAGUGUGGAGCUCCACCACAGGCCAGUUGCUGCAUGUGUUGUCGGGUCAUGAUGAUGAGGUGUUUGUCCUGGAGGCCCAUCCCUUUGACCACCGCAUCAUGCUCUCCGCUGGCCACGAUGGCAACAUCUACAUGUGGGACCUCUCCAAGGGCUCCAAGAUCCGCAACUUCUUCAACAUGAUUGAGGGCCAAGGCCACGGGGCUGUGUUUGACUGUAAGUUCUCAGCUGACGGGCAGCACUUCUCCUGCACGGACUCCCAUGGUCACCUGCUCAUCUUUGGUUUUGGCUGCAGUAAACCCUACGAGAAGAUUCCUGACCAGAUGUUCUUCCACACUGACUUCCGGCCUCUCAUCCGGGACGCCAAUAACUUUGUCCUGGACGAGCAGACUCAGCAGGCGCCCCACCUCAUGCCCCCUCCCUUCCUGGUGGACGUGGACGGGAACCCCCACCCCACCCACUACCAGCGCUUGGUGCCUGGCAGGGAGAGUUGCAAGGAGGAGCAUCUGGUGCCUCAGCUGGGCUACAUGGCCAACGGUGAUGGUGAGGUGGUAGAGCAGGUGAUUGGCCAGCAAACGGCAGAAGAGGGUCAGGGAGAGAGCCCACUAGAUGUCUUGAUCCGGCAGUUGCAGAACCAGCCGGGUGAAAGGCAGGACCAACAGGAGCCUGAAGCAGAGAGGGCUGGUGAGGGAGCGGAGGUGGUGGGAUCUCCCCCUGCCGUCGGCCUGAGGAGGAGUGGUCAGGUGGAAGGCGUGCGUCAGAUGCACCACAACGCCCCUCUCAGCCAGAUGGCCACGGAGAGGGACCUGCUGGCCUGGAGCAGGAGGGUGGUGGUCAACGAGGUCCAGCUGGGGGUCCUCCAGGUGAUGGAGGAGACCAGGCGUGCCAAAGGCGAAGUGGAGUGUUCCCUCUACAACACCGAGAAGCGGAGGAAGCCUGUCCCCAGCGCUUCAAAGAUUGAGGAGCAGUCUUCCUCCAAGCGGUCACUGCGGUGGACCCAGAGAAAGAAGCAGACCAGACCUAGACCAGCGUACCAGACCCGCUCCGCACGAGAACACCGGCCAGUGGACAGAGGAGAGAACUCUGACGGCCACAUGGACUCAGACAGCGAUGGAGAGGCAGAGGAGCAGGCAGAAGCCAGUGAUGCUUCCUCUGAUGGGGAAGCACAGUGGCAGAGUGACAGCAGUUCCAGUGUGUCCUCCAGUGACUACUCUGAUUGGACCGCUGAUGCGGGGAUCAACCUCCAGCCCCCUAAACGGACCAGCAGAAGACAGGUACGUCCUCCCGGUGGCUCAAGCAGCUCGGAGGAGGACGAGGGGGAGGCGAAGGCCCAAGGUGUAGAGGCCAGGAGGAAGCGGGCGGAGAAGAAGUCCAAGCAGACCAAACAGAAAAAACCCAGCUCAUCCCUGUCUCUGGCUGGGUGUGACGCUGAAGAAUGGCUGCCCCCCUCCUGGAUCAUGGAGACCACACCCCGACGCUCUCCUUUUGUGCCACAGAUGGGUGAUGAAUUGAUGUACUUCAGGCAGGGCCACCAGGCGUAUGUCAGGGCGGUGCGCCGGGCCAAGGCCUACAGCAUCAACCCUCAGAAACAGCCCUGGAACAAGCUCAACCUUAGGGACCAGGAGUCUGUGAAGGUGGUUGGCAUUAAGUAUGAAGUGGGCCCCCCCACCCUCUGCUGCUUAAAACUAGCCUUCCUGCAUCCCAUCUCAGGCAAAAUGACUAAUGAGUCAUUCUCCCUAAAGUACCAUGACAUGCCGGAUGUCAUUGAUUUCCUGGUGCUCCAGCAGUUCUAUGAUGAAGCUAAAGAGAACGACUGGCAGACAGAUUUGCGCUUCCGUAGCAUCAUUGAUGACGCCUGGUGGUUUGGCUCCGUUGAGGACCAGCAGCCUCUCCAACCAGAGUACCCGGACAGCCUUUUCCAGUGCUACACUGUCAAGUGGGAUAAUGGUGAGAGGGAGAGGAUGAGCCCUUGGGACAUGGAGCCAAUUCCUGAUGAGGCGGAGUUGCCAGAGGAGGUUGGUGACGGGGUGGCUGUGACGGAGGAGGAGGUGAAGGCCCGCCUCUACAUUCCCCAGGAGGGAGAGUGGGGGGCUCACACGCGGGACGAGGAAUGCCAGAGAGUCAUCUUCGGCAUCGACGAGCUGCUCACUCUGGAUGUGGCCAAGGCAUUUGCGUCACCAGUGGACCUGCGGGACUACCCUCUCUACUGCACUGUGGUGGCCUACCCCACUGACCUGAGCACAGUCCGCAGACGGCUGGAGAACCGCUUCUACAGGCGGAUCUCGGCUCUGAUGUGGGAGGUGCGCUACAUCGAGCACAACGCCCGCACUUUCAAUGAGCCCCAUAGCCCCAUUGUGGCAGCAGCCAAGGUGGUGACUGACGUUCUCCUCCGCUACAUCGGGGACCAGAGCUGCACCGACAUCUUAGAUCUGUACCACAAGGUGAAGACGGAGAUGAGCAGUGCUGAAGACGAGACUGCUGAGGUAGAUGUGGACUCUGACACUCCAGGGACCUCCACAGGACAACGGCGGGCCAAUGCCAGUCCUAAGAAGCGUGGGGUAGUGUUGGAUGUGCGUGCGUGGCGGGGCCAGUGUCGGGAGCUGCUGCGGCGUAUGAUGGACAGCCCUGACUCUGAGCCUUUUAGACAGCCUGUGGACCUCUUCACCUAUCCAGACUACCGUGACAUUAUUGACACUCCAAUGGACCUGGGGACUGUAACAGAGACGCUGGUCGUCGGGAACUAUGAAAACCCCAUGGAGUUUGCCAAAGACGUCCGCCUCAUUUUUAGCAACUCCAAGGCCUACACACCCAACAAGAAGUCUCAGAUCUAUACCAUGACUCUGAGCUUAUCAGCCUUCUUUGAAAGACAAAUCAUCUCCAUCAUCUCUGACUACAAAUCUGCAGUGCAGAACCAGCGGAGGAGGAGUCGCCAGAGUGUCAGCUACAGGAAGAGACUGCACAGUGGAGGCAGCUCCCCUCCCACCAGCCAACCCUCCAGUCCUAAAGGGAAGCACAAGUCAGGGAAAAAAGCCACACCCAAAAAAUCCCGGACCUCAUCGAAGAGCCGGUCUCGCCGGCCUUCUCAAGCAUCUGAGGCGAGCAGCGUGGUGGCGGAUGAGGACAGCCAGCCCUCAUCAUCCUCUAGCUCAGGGACAGGCAGCCACAGUGUGGGCCCAGGGGCCGACCGUGUCACCCGCAGCCGAACCACGCCCGUCAAGAGCUCAGAUCGCAGCAGGCCUCUCACCAAUGGCGCUAGACAGAGCCACAGGCGAAGACUUCUGCCGGACGAUGAGGGAGAGGGGUCUGGAGGAUCCAACAGUUCUUCAUCAUCAUCAUCAUCAUCCUCAUCUUCUUCCUCGUCAUCAUCCUCGUCUUCCUCAUCAUCGUCAGGCAGUGAGUCGGACAGUGAGACGGAUGUUGGGAAGUUUGUGGACGGUGGCGAUCAUGACUACAGCAAAGCUCCACGUCUAAAAACAGGCCACAAACCCAAGAUGGCCGUCUCUGGGAAGAGGAGGCGAAAAGAAGAAGAAGAGGAGGAGGAGGAGGAGGAGGAGGAAGAGGAGGCUCCAGAGAGAGCCAAGAGAGCACGAGUCCAGGUUGUGGAAGAGGAGCCGGAGGAGGAAGUUGAGGAUGAGCAAGAUGAAGACAAUGAAGAGGAGGAGCAAGAAGAGGAGGAGGAAGAGGAGGAAGAAGAGGAGGAGCCCCUACAGCAACAAGCAGAGGGUGGAGCGGAUGAUGAGGAGGAGGAGGAAGAGGAGCCGGAGGAGGAAGAGGAGCCUGAGGAAAAGGAGGACUCUGAGGAGGAGGACUCUGAGGAGGAGCAGGGUGAGGGGAAGGGGAAAGCUGAGGGUGGUCAGAAAAGUAGCCGCAGUAAGUGUGUCCGUGUGAACACCAGGAACCAGGGCCGCAGGACAGUGUUGUACAACGACGAGUCAGACGAUGAGUCAGGGACCCCCGAGGAUCCCCUCAACCUGGGCAUGUCCCGCUCUGGACGGGUACGCCGCAUGACUGAGAAGGCCCGGGUCAGCCACCUGAUGGGCUGGAACCACUGACGCCCACGAGCCCCUCAAACCACCUCAGACUGCUCUUUUACAAUCCUUACCAAACCCCAACUACCUUACCACCAGGUGGAAACUGGCUGUAGACUGUACAGUGGACUAAAUUAAUACUUCAGGGAUUUUGCUUUUUAAUUAUGAUUUUUUUUUAUAUAUAUAUAUAAUUUUGUGUAGGAGACUGUUUACAACUCUUCUGGCAGUGGUGCUCCUGAUAAUCUAGCCAAGGAAUCUCCCUCGUGGUCUUCAGAGCUACUCAUCAACAUAGACCCAGUCAGUCACCUCACUCACCUCCGCCUUACUGUUCUCUUGGGCCUUAAAGCAACACCUAACUCCUGUCCUCUUUCUCACUUCUGUUCGUCCAUCUCUCUCUCUCCUGACCAUUGUCUCUCUCUACCUCCAUUCUUCCUGGACAUGCAACAAAGGCUCAAGAGAAGCCAACAACCGGUGCUCAUGUGUUUUGUCUCCAGGAGACUUUAGGCUGUUUUCCAUUUGGAUGACUGGCCGUGUCGCCUCCUCUGCCCCCAUGUGUGUUCUGUGUGCGGAGUACAUCAUAACCUCCUACACCAUGUUUUUAGAUUGAUGCUUAAUCCUCCCAAGCCUCCAGCCUUCCCUUUAGGAGGUGAACGUGUGCUCAUUCACCGCAUCUCUUCUAAGCGUCCAGGCUAGGUCAUAGAGGAUCCAGGCUAGGUCAUAGAGGACUACUGCUGUGUCUGUGGGUUUUAGUUCAAGACUUUAUUCUUUUUUUUCUUUUUUAUCCUUGUGUGGGAACAGAUUGGUUCUAAUUAGUUGAGGUGGUGACUUCCUUCCUACAUCAUUAAUUAUGUCAUGUAAUGAAAUGCUGCAUGUCUACAGUACAAUGUUCCAUGGUUGAAUUAGAGGCAGACGUACCUCCUUCAUUAACUCCUGGGCCACUGAAUGUGUUUGACGCUAUAUCCCCCAAUCCUCCUGAGUUUUGCAGAGGUUGUAUAUUUGCACAUACAGUAGGUUUUCUUGGAGGCUUGACCGUCUCCUCCAGUAGGUUGUAGGGUUGAUGUCCGGUGUGGUAGUAGAGUGAAGUGAGGGCAAUUUGGAGAGAUGCAGAGCGAUUGUAUUGGAGGGUCAGAACCAGUUCUCUUUCUGUUGGUUGCAGCAUACUUUCUUGGAUUGAAUCAAAAUCAAAUGCACACAUUAAUUUCUAACUUCCAGGGCAGCGUCUUUCAACCCAGAAUGCUCCAACCAGCCAUUGGUUCGAACACAAACCCAGAUACAUUGUGAUGCUUUAGGGACUGGCUCGCCCAUAGCCACCACUCACUUCACCUCAUGGAGAGAAAAAAAAAACUUUUUUUAACUACAGAAAUAUUUAUAUUUUUUCACUGUAUUAUACACUUUGCAAUUAUUCCUUAGCUAAUAUUGAUGGUGAAAUGUUUGCACAUGUAUCUAUUUUAUGUGGCAGCUGAAUCGGGGAUGUCUUUUGUUGGGCUGAGUAUCCAUUGCCCUCUCAGAUUUUACUCUGAUCCCACAAAGAGCAAAGGACCGCUUUUUCUCCAUGCAGUUAUAAGCAAAGGACUUUUUAUUUGUUUUUGUACAAAUCUCAGAUAAAUUGUGCCAAUAAUAUUCAACACCUUUGUAUACAAAUACUCCUGUCUUGGGCUGUUGUGAGCAUUAUUGAACAGAGGGUUGUGUUUGCUGGCUCAAUGGUCAGAUAGACGGGUCACAGCUGAGCCACUAGGUGACCUUGCCUACGGAACAGACAGCCAGGUGUGUGUGUGUGCGUGUGUGCGUGUGUGCGUGUGUGUGUGCGUGUGUGUGUGUGUGCGUGUGUGUGUGCGUGUGUGUGUGCGU